AAAAACGAAAGAAUUGUAUUUCACUUAGUUUUAUUUUAACUUCAAAGUAGUCAGGUACACUAGAGAAAAGUUGAAAAUGAUUCUCGGUCUUUUUGUAUUCUUGGCAUCUAUUGCUGCAGGUUUGGCUCAGUAUUUUCCUGGCGUAGGAGCACCAAUGGUUGGUUAUGGACCACCGGGAGUUCGGGUUCCCGGAACUUUAUAUCCUGGGGGACCUAAUUAUUACCCUGGUGCUUUUCCACCCUCACCCCAGCCAUAUUCUGCUAUGGCAAUAGGUGCAGCUAGUGCUGGAGUUAAUGCCCCAAUGGCACCAGCUCCUUUACCCAUACCGAUAUCAGCAAGCGAAAAUGCCAAUGAAAAUGCUAAUACCAACGUUAACAUCAAUGCAGGCUCCUACAGAAGAAGCCUUCAUAUGCCUAGUAAAGAAAGUUCUGCUAACAGAAAUUCCAACUCUAACAACAAUAUAAAUGCAUAGAGCAAGAAACACGAAGGUGUACAUUCAAUUGCUGCUAAAUUUCAACCUUCACAAGUAGAAAUGAAUUGCUAUCUUUAGUUACUCGAAUAUCAAUGCUUUAUUUCUGUAAUAAUAUAUUAUUAUUAAAUUAAAUAAUACAUUUAAAAUUAUUGUGGAAAAUAAAA